AUGAAGCCCGUUGUGGGCUCUCAAUUGAGUCAAUUGUUUGAUAGUCUCAUGACCGGAAAUUUUGCUUGUCUCAGUGUAAAUUUGAAUCAGAAUGGACGCUUCGUCGCGGAGUUACAAGCAGAACUGCAAAAUAUCCGAACUGACAAGGAAUUAGAAGCUAUGGUUGAGAACCAGAAGUUUGAGAAAGGUAAGUGGACUAGAUUUAAUAUCCUGGUGGUAAGUUAUUUGAAAUUCUGCCAGAAUGUUAACCCUUGGUCGGUCUGGGAAAGCUCAGAUCUCAUUUUCAAUUACUACCAGGACUUGACAAAUUGUCUGCUCAAUGACAGCUUUCCAGUGGAUCCGCUAGUGACGCUUUUCCAGGACACCACAGAGUAUGUGAUACCGCUGGCACGGGAACUGGACUCCAACUAUCGCGAGCUGGGCACGCGACAACAUCAAUUUCUGGCUCACGUCUCGUCUGUCAUCACCAAAUUGUUCAACAGUAUCAAGCCUCGAUACGAGGAGCCUGCACUCCGAUUCGAUGAACUUCCAAGAAAACAACAGAUCUUACUGUAUACUGCAAACAGACUGAACAGCAUAUACAUGCAGAUCGACUCCCCGGCCUCAUGUGCGAACAUUUUUAAAAACGUCAAGCCGAAAUCCGCAAUACAAAACUUCUCUCAAUACCCGGGCCGCGAGCGGAUAGAGUAUCGGUAUCUGCUUGGCCGUUAUUAUAUGCUUAACCAUCGUGUUUCAAAUGCAUUUCAUCAGCUUAAUAGCGCCUUUGCACUGCUUAUCAAGUGUUCCGCACAGACAGCCGGAAAUGCAGCCGUGCAGAGAAACAAGCAGCGAAUCUUGAGAUACCUUCUGCCUGCUGGAAUUUUAUUUGGCAAGAUGCCAACCCCGGAGAUAUGCCAGCUGCACGGCCGCGAGAUGGCACAGAAGUACCUAGCACUGUCGCAUAUUGUAAAAAGUGGCUCUCUCCACCGUUUUCACGUCUGGCUGGCUCAGAAUGAACACGAGCUGCGCAGAAAAGGACUUCUUUUGGUGCUGCUGGAAAAAUGCCCGCUUUUGAUAUAUCGCAGCCUCAUACGCCGCGUUAUCAUAGAUUUCUGUUUUCCAUCUGACACUAACAAGAUCUCUUACUCGUUUCUGGCGAACGGUGUCCAAUUUUCAUUGGGGUCCCUGCAGGGAUUGAAGCCAAUCUAUUCUGCGAUCCAUGCUCCCGAAAAUGUCGCCAACGUGCUUGAAUCACUGGUGAACCUGGGACUGUUCAAGGCCAAUUGUUUUCCCCUCAGCGAACAAUGUGUGUUUCCCAAGACCGACAAAAUAGACUAUAUUUUUCCUUCUGUGAACGAAAGGCUUGUGGCAUUUUUUCCGCUUAACAGCGACGACUUUUGGCUGGAUAACUGA